AUGAAGCACUCCGAAUUUACCAAGAUCCCAGACUUGACCGGCAAAGUAAUCUUUGUCACUGGUGGUACUGCUGGUCUCGGUCGCCGAGCUGCAACUGUGUUUGCCGGUCAGAGGCCCGCUCACAUUUACAUCAGCGGACGUAGCCAACCUAAGGCUAACGACGUGAUCAAUGAGCUCAAGAGAUUGGCGCCAGGCGUUGGAGUCUCCUUUGUGAAGAUGGACCUUGGCUCCUUGAGCACUAUUGAUGAGGCUGCGAAGACGCUUGUCGCCCAAACCGACCGUCUCGAUAUCCUUUUGUGCAACGCCGGCAUCAUGGCCUGUCCUCCUGCCUUGAGCAAAGACGGAUUCGAGAUCCAAUUUGCUACCAAUCAUCUGGGCCAUGCACUUCUCAUCAAACAUCUGCUGCCGACUUUACUUCGUACCGCCGAGAGAUACGGAGAUGCCCGCGUGGUGUCGCUCACGUCUACUGGCUUCACCGUCGCCCCAAAGAAUGAAGGCAUCAUCUUCAAGGAUCUCAAGACGACACAGGACUAUGGAUUCGGCUCAAAGUGGACACGUUACGGACAGAGUAAGCUCGCCAUUGUCCUUUACAUGGCUGAGCUUGCACGCAAGUAUCCUGCUCUAUCCACUGCAGUCGUUCAUCCCGGUGUCAUCAAGACUGAUAUGGUCACCGGGUUAAGCUUCAUGGACCGAAGCAUUGUGUACAUGACCAACUUCAACAAGAUGGUCACUCCUGAGCAAGGUGUUCUGAACGGCAUCUGGGCUUGCACUGUACCUCGCGACGGGAUCACCAGUGGAGCCUUCUACGAGCCUGUUGGUGAGCCUGGUACACACACAAAGUGGACCAACGACAAAGUUCUUGCUGGCAAGCUCUGGGAUUGGACUCAGGACACAUUGAAGGAGCACACCAUCUGA